ACUCGCAUGGUUCUGUUGUGCAAUUUAGGAAUGCAGUCUUUACAAGCCGGGCUGGAAAUUCCCUAUUGAAUGUAUAAGGGUCUACCUUUGUCUAAUAGUUCGUAGUUCAUAUUUUCAUGUAGUAAGUAAACUAAAAAAAAAAACAAAACGGUACGGGCAGUGUGACAAAGGCAACGCUAAAUAAAGCCGGAGCCUCUCUUUGUACGUUUGUGUGGUGUCGGCUCAGCCUCUGCUAGAGUCCCAAUGUUACUGUGGGCAGCGGUCGCAUUACUGCUUCUUUUUGUCAUCAUGGACGUGUCGUACUUUAUUCGAGGGACUCUGGUGUUUGCACGCGGCCUCUUACGUCCCCCGAUCAGGGACAUUCUUCAGGAGCAGGCUAUGGGAGGUCGAGUCCUCACCACCGAUAUUGACUACAUGGGGCACAUGAACAACGCCCGUUACCUACGCGAGUGUGACUUCGGCCGUUUUUACCUGUACGCGAGCAAUGGAAUCCUCAAGGUAACGCGGGCGUUGGGUGCAAACAUGGUAGUGGGCGCCUCAACGAUCCGCUACCGGCGAUCCUUGCAGUUUUUGGAGCCCUACGAGCUGCGCACCCGCAUCCUUGCCUGGGACGAUAAGGCUUUUUAUUUGGAGCAGCGCUUUUUGUCGACACGGGACGGUUUUGUGUGCGCCAUCAUGCUCUGCCGGCAAAACGUGUUGCGUAGCACACCGGAUAAGAUGAUGCAGCACUUGUGUAAGAGGAAGGUGGAAAGCCCAGAUUUUCCAGAAGACCUCCAGCACUGGAUAAAAUACAACACAGCCAACAGUGAGAAGCUGAAGGCAGAGCAAGAGAUUGAUGGAAAGCUGGAUUAACCAUAUUAUCGUGACCGGCCACUAAACUGUAGUCAGAACUUUCAAACAUGAUGGGAAUAAGGGAAAAAUAUACUCCAAAAAAAUAGUAAUUUGAAGAAGGUAAACCCUUUGGUGUGACAUUUUGCUGCAUACAGUUCAAAUUAAUGUUAAAUAACAACUUUAUUUUGCACUACAGUGCUUCCUUUACAAAACAAGAAAUGAAAAUUUGACUUUUUUUCCUUUUUUGCAAGAGUUCUAUUAUGCUGGGGGAGCCGUUUUCCCUCCUAAUGAGGUAACAUUCAGUGUGUGAUCUGGGCCAUUAUGGCAUCUCGACAUACCUGAAAUUUAAUAAUCCAAGUCCCAAGCACAUCUUACUUUGCAUGUGAAAUUUUUGACAAUGUACUAACACGCACACGUUUUAGUAGACUGCACCAAACUGCUGUGCAUAUUUUAAGCCAUCCAUCCAUUUUCAAAUAUGGGGUUUAAAAGAAGGGUCAAUUGUUGGUUCUUACAUUAUGAAAGAGCUUUACUUAAGCUACACCAAAAGAAUCAUACAGCACAGAACACUGUAGUCAGACCGUUAAACUUACAAUUGAUGUUUCAUUAUGAAUCAUUCUACAAUGUUUCAGUGAGUCAAUUGAGUUUUUUGUUUAACAUUUUAAUGCAGUAUUGUAGAUUAUUACAAGUAGUGCAAGCUGAAAAGUCAUAUUUAGUGGAAGACUGACAGUGAUAUUCAAUGAAAAAUACCCAAAACGCUGCAUGAUCUGUAAAAAACGGAUGCUCCCUCCUAAUGGUACCUGAGGGAAAAGGAAAUGCAGGAGCAGAUAUGGGUGAGCAUUUCAGCUUUUAAAAUCUUGAUUGUAACAAACAGCCUUUAUUUUAUAGAGCACCUUUGUUGUGAGCACUUAAAAAGUACAGUCUCAUAUUAUAACUUUACACUUCAGAGCUAGAGAACUGAAAGGUUAACUGAGUUGGUUAAAGUACACUGUGAGAAACAGGGGUAGGAACUGAACUGAAUCAGCAGCCUUGUGGUUCAGUGUCCGUUAUUUAUUCUUUGACAAAACAAAAAACUUUAUAUGCAGUUAGACUGUUGAUGAAUGCACUGUAAAUGUUGCACGUUUAAGUACAUGAAGGGGAACAUUUUUUCUAUCUUUUAACAGCAGAAAGUAUUCUUUCAUAUAGGAGCUUUAAGAAAUCGUGGCAUGAAAUGAUGCUGCUGUUUUCAUAUAAAUCAUAAGAAAAAAGCUGAUUGUUGAUGUCACUGGCCUAGUAAAGAAAGGAGGGAAGAACUCAAAUUCUCAUUGGAGGGCAAAGACUGUGGCCAAACUGGUUUUAGAAUUUAGUGGUAGAGGAAACAAAAUGUGAAUUUUUACAACCCGAAGUUCAUACUUGUGUUCACACAUCAGGCAACUGAUAGCAAGCCCCUGCACAGGGAAUAUUAAAGCCAAGGGUAAUGCAAACAAUGCUUUUACAUUAGAGGAACUGCGAGGGAUGUUCAAAUAUAAACAUGAAUUUAUGAGCUACACUUUAUGAAUUGAAUACAAUGAAACAACUUACACACUACAUUUCUAUUUAGUCUCCUGCCACCGCAAUACGCUCGUUCCAGCGCUCAGGAAGCUUCUUAAUCCCAGAAGAGUAGAAGUCUUUUGACUGCACGUUGACCCAUUCUUGUGCAGCGUCAAUAACCUCCUCAUUCGACUUGAAUUACUUCCCUCCUAAAAAUUCCAUAAGUGGACCAUAGAGAUAAUAGCCCCUCUCUGAAUGACUUGCACCGAUCAUAAACUCUAGAUCGAGAGAAACUCUCAUCCCCAAAUGAAUUUUUAAGUUUCAAAGAAAUUUGAGAUGGACUGACUCCUUCAUUUGUCAAAAAGUUAAUAAUAAUUUGCUGCCUAACACUACUGUGUUACCUCCUUCUCCAGCAUGUUGAUUACAACUGACAUUAAAGGGGGGAACGAGCAGCUAGCACUACUAACGACAAGUUCAGACUUGGAUGUGUUUGUCCAAGGAGUCGUUUCUACCUUGCACUCUGAAUAAGAACAGAGCAUGAAAAUUCCUGUUUAUAAUUGAACAUCCUCGUACUAGAAUACUAGCUGUGCUACCUGUCUAAGAUGGCUACAAAUCUAAGUGAUUAAUGUAGGCCUUGGUGUUAACUUUUGCAGCGCACCAUUUAUUGCAAUGUACGCAGUAGUUAAAUUUGUCAUUCCAACUGAUCGUGAGUCACAAACAUUUGUAAGAAUGCAUUUUGUUACUACAAACGUUUGUGAGGUGCCAUCUGUUGGAAUUAUGGAGACACAGCAACCCAGACAGACACACGUAUAGACACACAGACACUUGUCCUUUUAUUAAGGUGGAUUCUGACUUAUUACUAGUUAUUGGAUGAGGAAACAUUUUUUGGAUUUGCUAAAUUUUCUGUGUGGCUCGUCUUUUGAACCAUUUUCCCUUAUUUGUGCACUACUUGAGUCCAUACUAGGAAGUACACCACGCGAUAUCAAAUCUGAGAACUCGCACUACAGUCUGGCCUGCAGUUAUUUUAUGCACUGUUGAUGACUUGUCGUGCUCACUGGUGUGAGUGCCAUGUUACCUUUUCAGUUACAGAAUAUAUUAUCAUGUCAUUAGCUUUAUGGGUGCACUGAAGUUCGGAAAAUGCACUUUUGACCAUUUGUGGAGAUAACAUUUUACAAAAUAUUUGAGUUUACAUCUCGCCUGAAGAAGGGGCCUGAGUUGCCUUGAAAGCUUGCAUAUUGUAAUCUUUUUAGUUAGC